UGUCAGUGUCACUGUCACAGGAUGACCGAUGCGAUGAAGACUGUACUGCUACAAUCAGAUCAAAGCAAAUUAUCGAAAGAAUGCGAUAAGUGUUACAUAAAUGAUAAGUUUUUUCAGUCAACGGUAAACACGAGAUUGAGCACUCGUACUAACGACAAGAGCCAGUACCUGAGUUCCCCGAAAGAACAAUAAAUCUGGAGAACAAACUUUGAACUUCAAGAUGGUGACGCUGUCAGUUGGAAUGAAUACUGCGAAGGCUGUGCGCUUGCUGCUGCGGCCAGAUAUACAGACAAAAUUAAGAUUCGCUUCGACAAUGGACAAGGGAUCUAACUUCUUUUUUAGACAGCUGUUCGACACAGCAUCCAGCACAUACACCUACAUUCUAGGCGACAACUGUACGCGGGAAGCUGUCCUCAUAGACCCGGUCAUCGAACACGCUGAGAGAGACGCCACGUUACUGAACGAGUUGGGAUACAAGCUAGUAUAUGCCAUGAACACACACAUGCACGCCGAUCACGUCACAGGCACGGGGAAGCUCAAGACCCUCCUACCCGGUACCAAAAGCGUGAUUGGAGCCAACUCUGGUGCGCAAGCUGACGUUCAUCUCAAAGAUGGGGCCACUGUUAACGUCGGGUCUAUAAAACUGCUUGCCGUAGCUACUCCGGGGCAUACGAAUGGUUGCCUGACUUACAUCUGUCAUGAUCAGGCGAUGGCCUUUACCGGUGACACGCUCCUCAUCCGCGGUUGCGGCCGAACAGACUUCCAAGAGGGCUCUUCAGAAUCCCUAUACAAGUCCGUCCAUACUAAAAUAUUCACUCUUCCCGAACACUAUACCCUUUACCCUGCCCAUGACUAUAAGGGGCAGACGGCGACCACUGUAGGGGAAGAAAAGAAGUACAACCCUAGGCUUACGAAGAAUUUGCAGGAGUUUAUCAAGAUAAUGGAUAAUUUGAAUCUGCCGUAUCCUAAGAUGAUUGAUAAAGCGAUUCCUGCGAACAGAGUAUGUGGUAUCUACUGAAAAUUUGAAGAAUAACGUUAACAAAAUCGCGCUUAUUUUAUCACACUCACAUGCUUUACAAACUGUGGUUGGUAACUCAAAAUCAUAGCACCUACGUUUUUUCCGGCGACAAAAAUGGCUUGAGAUACUAUAUUUACCUACUUACUAUAUUUAAAGAGAAGGAAAGAAAGGAUGCACUUUUUACUGUUUUAAUGCUAAAAAACGUGAGUAAUAAUAAUAUGGAACGAAUAUUUAUGUAAUUAAUAUGUUUAGUCUGUGAUAAGUGAUAUGCUAAGGCACUGGUCCCACCGCGAGCUAGUAAGCUAUGAGCUAUCGGCUAUAAAAACGAACAAAAGAUAAUCACUCCAGUGUAAAUAAAAGAGACACGGCGAUGUUUA